AUGGAGACGCACGUCUCGUGCCUGUUCCCGGAGCUGCUGGCCAUGAUCUUCGGCUACCUGGAGGUGCGCGACAAGGGCCGGGUGGCGCAGGUGUGCACGGCCUGGCGGGACGCCGCGUACCACCGCUCGGUCUGGCGAGGCGUGGAGGCCAAGCUGCACCUGCGCCGCGCCAACCCGUCCCUCUUCCCCAGCCUGGCGGCGCGGGGCAUCCGCCGGGUGCAGAUCUUGUCGCUGCGGCGCAGCCUGAGCUACGUGAUCCAGGGCAUGGCGGAGAUCGAGAGCCUCAACCUGAGCGGCUGCUACAACCUCACCGACAACGGGCUGGGCCACGCCUUCGUGGCGGAGAUCGGCUCCUUGCGCGCGCUGAACCUCAGCCUCUGCAAGCAGAUCACCGACAGCAGCUUGGGCCGCAUCGCCCAGUACCUCAAGGGCCUGGAGGUGCUGGAGCUGGGGGGCUGCAGCAACAUCACCAACACGGGCCUCUUGCUCAUCGCCUGGGGCCUCCAACGCCUCAAGAGCCUCAAUCUGCGAUCCUGCCGCCACCUGUCCGAUGUGGGCAUCGGGCACUUAGCGGGCAUGACCCGGAGCGCAGCAGAGGGCUGCCUGGGGCUGGAACAGCUGACGCUGCAGGACUGCCAGAAGCUCAGCGACCUCUCCCUCAAGCAUCUGGCCCGGGGUCUCACUCGCCUGCGCCAACUCAACCUCAGCUUUUGUGGGGGGAUCUCGGAUGCAGGGCUGCUGCACCUGUCACACAUGAGCAGCUUGCGCAUGUUGAACCUACGCUCCUGCGACAAUAUUAGUGACACAGGUAUCAUGCACCUGGCCAUGGGCAGCUUGCGCCUUUCAGGCUUGGAUGUCUCCUUUUGUGACAAAGUCGGAGACCAAAGCCUGGCCUACAUUGCACAGGGCCUCGAUGGGUUGCGCUCUCUCUCCCUUUGCUCUUGCCACAUCAGCGACGAGGGCAUCAACCGCAUGGUGCGCCAGAUGCAUGGACUGCGCACUCUCAACAUUGGCCAGUGUGUCCGCAUCACUGACAAAGGCCUGGAGCUUAUCGCUGAGCACCUUAGUCAGCUCACAGGCAUUGACCUUUAUGGCUGUACCCGCAUCACUAAAAGAGGCCUGGAGCGCAUCACUCAAUUGCCCUGCCUCAAGGUGCUCAAUCUGGGACUCUGGCAAAUGACUGAGAGUGAAAAAGUAAGGUGA